AAGAGGAGGGGAGAGCAUGAGAGAGGGAGGGGAAUGGAGGAGGAGGAGGUGGGAAGACUGGAGGAAAACAUUUUCCCUCGUUUCUCCUCGUAGUCGGGAGAUUCUCUCGUGUUUGUUCCCCCCAAAAAAAGAAAAGCCGCAGACGGACGCGCACCGGACGAAGCCAGGACGCACGAUGCCUCGACCUCUUCUACUUGGUGUUUUCCAGUCAGAAAUAAAAAGGGUUUAAAGAGCCGUACGAUGGGAAACGAUGACCUCACAGAGCGCCUUACGGAAAAUCCACUAAUGACAGUUGGCAGGAGUUCUCACCUCACCCGUAAUGACAUUUAAACUAUCAGUAUGAUGGGCAGAUAGCAGAGGGAGGACGAGGAAAAGAAGAUGUCGUUCUUCGGCCUGGACUGUUUCAGGAAGGAAGAGAGAGAGCUGGAGAGGAAACUCCGAGCCAAUGACCGAGAAUACAACCUGUCCUUUAGAUAUGCGACGAACGCCAUCAAGACGUCCAAGUACAACCUGUUCACCUUCCUACCUCUCAACCUGUUCGAGCAGUUCCAGAGGAUCGCUAACGCCUACUUCCUCUUCCUGCUGGUGCUCCAGGUGAUUCCUCAGAUCUCCUCUCUGUCCUGGUUCACCACCGUCGUGCCUCUGGUCCUCGUGUUAUCGGUCACCGCUGCCAAGGAUGCGACUGACGAUAUCAAUCGCCACCGGAGCGACAAUCAAGUGAACAACCGGAAAGUUCAAGUCCUCAUUGAUAGAAAGUUACGAAGUGAGAAAUGGAUGGACGUCCAGGUAGGAGACAUCAUCAAGCUGGAAAACAACCAGUUUGUCACUGCCGACCUCUUGUUGCUCUCCAGCAGCGAACCACUAAACCUGGUGUACAUCGAGACGGCAGAACUGGACGGAGAGACCAAUCUGAAGGUGAGACAGGCUCUUCCGGUAACAGGAGACCUCGGAGAUGAUAUUGAGAAACUGGCAGACUUUAACGGUGAGGUACUAUGUGAACCUCCCAACAACCGUCUCGACCGCUUCACGGGAACGCUGGCCUUCUCCGGUCAGAAAUAUCCGCUGGACAACGAGAAGAUCCUGCUGCGAGGCUGCACGCUGAGGAACACCGAGUGGUGCUUCGGACUGGUGCUGUUCGGAGGUCCAGAGACAAAACUGAUGCAAAACUGUGGGAAGAGCACGUUCAAGCGGACGAGUAUCGACCGUCUGAUGAACGUUCUGGUCCUCUGUAUCUUUGGUUUCCUGGCCUGCAUGUGCAUCAUCCUGGCGAUAGGAAACUACUUCUGGGAGCUGAACAAGGGCUCCCAGUUCACCGUCUUCCUGCCGAGGCUGGACGGAAACAGCGCUGCUUUCUCCGCUUUUCUCACAUUCUGGUCCUACGUCAUCAUCCUCAACACUGUGGUGCCCAUCUCUCUCUAUGUCAGUGUGGAGAUCAUUCGGCUGGGUAACAGCUUCUACAUCGACUGGGACAGAAAGAUGUAUUUUGCUCGUAACGACACCCCGGCCGAGGCUCGGACCACGACGCUGAACGAGGAGCUUGGACAGAUCAAAUACGUCUUCAGCGACAAAACUGGAACCCUCACCCAGAACAUCAUGACCUUCAACAAGUGCUCCAUCAACGGCAAGACCUACGGAGAUGUGUUCGACUACACGGGCCAAAGACUAGAAAUUACUGAGCACACAGAAACGGUGGACUUCUCCUUCAACCCGCUGGCCGACCCUCGCUUCAUGUUCCACGAUCACGCCCUGGUGGAGGCGGUGAAGCUGGAGAACCCGGAGGUCCACGCUUUCUUCAGGCUGCUGGCGCUCUGCCACACCGUCAUGGCCGAGGAGAAGAAGGAAGGUGAACUUUUCUAUCAGGCCCAGUCUCCAGACGAAGGAGCUCUGGUCACAGCAGCCAGAAACUUCGGCUUCGUCUUCCGCUCUCGAACACCGGACAGCAUCUCCAUCGUGGAAAUGGAAAAACAGCGCAGCUACGAACUGCUGGCCAUCCUGGACUUCAACAACGUCCGCAAGAGGAUGUCCGUCAUCGUGCGGACUCCAGAGGGGAAACUGUCUCUCUACUGUAAAGGUGCAGAUACGAUCAUCUACGAGAGGCUGCAUCAGUCCUGCAGCAAACUGAUGGACGUCACCACAGAACACCUCAAUGAAUUUGCAGGGGAGGGUCUGCGGACUCUGGCGUUGGCCUACAAGGACCUGGACGAGGAAUACUUUGAGCAGUGGAAACAGCGCCACCAUGAGGCCAGCACCGCUCUGGACGACAGGGGGGGCAAACUGGACCAGCUGUACGAGGAGAUAGAGAAGGAUCUGCUGCUGCUCGGAGCCACGGCCAUAGAGGACAAGUUGCAGGACGGAGUUCCUCAGACUAUCGAGCAGCUGUCCAAAGCCGACAUCAAAAUCUGGGUUCUGACCGGCGACAAGCAAGAAACCGCAGAAAACAUCGGAUAUUCCUGCAACUUACUCCGGGAAGAGAUGAAUGAAGUCUUCAUCGUCUCUGGAAACUCACACGAGGACGUCAAACAGGAGCUGAGAAAUGCACGGACCUCCAUGAAACCAGACGCAGCAGAGAAUUCAGUGUUUCUGCCAGAAAGCGUUUCGGGUAAAAGUGUGAAAGUGAUCGCAGACGAGGUGGUUAAUGGAGAAUACGGUCUGGUUAUCAACGGACACAGUCUGGCGUACGCUCUGGAGCGCAGCAUGGAGCUGGAGUUCCUGAAGACGGCCUGCAUGUGUAAAGCGGUGAUCUGCUGCAGGGUGACGCCUCUGCAGAAAGCUCAGGUGGUGGAGCUGGUGAAGAAGUACAAGCAGGCCGUCACUCUGGCCAUCGGAGACGGAGCCAACGACGUCAGCAUGAUCAAAGCGGCUCAUAUCGGCGUUGGGAUCUCCGGCCAGGAGGGGAUGCAGGCCGUCUUAUCCAGCGACUACUCCUUCGCCCAGUUCCGUUUCCUGCAGCGCCUCCUGCUGGUUCACGGCCGCUGGUCCUACCUGCGCAUGUGCAAGUUCCUGCGUUAUUUCUUCUACAAGAACUUCACCUUCACCUUCGUCCACUUCUGGUAUGCCUUCUUCUGCGGCUUCUCUGCUCAGACGGUGUACGAUGAGUGGUUCAUCACGCUCUACAAUCUGGUGUAUACAGCUCUACCUGUGCUGGGGAUGAGUCUGUUUGAGCAGGACGUGAACGACGUGUGGAGCUUCCAGCACCCUCAGCUCUACGUUCCCGGUCAGCUCAACCUGUACUUCAGUAAAAAGGCCUUCUUUAAGUGCGCCCUCCACAGCUGCUACAGCUCCCUGGUGCUCUUCUUCAUCCCCUACGCCGCCAUGCAGGACACGGUGAGGGACGACGGGAAGGACGUGGCUGACUACCAGUCCUUCGCCCUGCUCACCCAGACGUGUCUGCUGUUCGCCGUCACCAUCCAGCUGGGCUUUGAGAUGUCGUACUGGACGGCGGUCAACACCUUCUUUGUUCUGGGCAGUCUGGCCAUGUACUUCGCCGUCACGUUCACCAUGUACAGUAACGGGAUGUUCCUCAUGCUGCCCUCAGCCUUCCCCUUCAUAGGAACGGCCCGAAACUCUCUGAACCAGCCCAACGUCUGGCUGACCAUCUUCCUCACCUCCAUCCUGUGUGUCCUUCCUGUGGUCACCUACAGAUUCCUGUUGAUUCAGCUCUGCCCCACCAUCAACGACAAGGUGAUGUUCAAGGUGCGACAGGCCAAAGCUUCACCUCCUCCUCCUCCUCGACGGACUCGUAUCCGCCGCACCAGCUCCAGACGUUCGGGCUAUGCCUUCUCCCACGCUCAGGGCUACGGCGACCUGGUGACGUCAGGUCGGUUCCUACGGCGACCGGCCAUAUCACGAUCUUCAGGCUUCACCCACGCGGGUCGAACCACCACAGGCUUCAGUCCGAUGGGACGAUCGGCCGGCUACAGCCCGACAGGACGCCCUCAGAACGCCAAAGUCCCGGACGUGGAGGUGAUGUCACUGCAGAUGUACAGGACUAUCACAGAUGCUGCUCUCUGACAGGCAGCAGACUGAAUCUAUGUUUGGAGGAAAUCUGGGAGGAACAAGAACAUGCACACUGGACAGCUGCAUGGUGGAGUUAUUGAAGCGCCCAUCUGACAACUUGUUCGGGCUUUCCAGACAACUUUCCAUGAACCAUGUCUCAUCUGUCCAAUACAAGGUUUGGAAACUUUUGCUCCACAUUCUGACAACCGAAGGGAACUAAAGCAAAAAGCUGCUUCUGAUGAGUGGCUGUCUUUGGAUCAUGAAUGUUAAUGUGAAGCAUGCCUCGUGCAGAGCAGCAGGUGAGAGGAUGAAGUCUUCAGGAACAGAAACAGGUGAUUCCUGUUCAGUAGGAACCACAGAAGAGGAACAGAAGUGUCAUCGUGUUUACAGGCGACCCACACUUUGUGAACGCUAGGAGUCCAGAUGCACAGCUGGGCUUUGUGCAGAGGAAACAACCAGCAAAGCCAUGUUGCAGGAAAUCUUUUAAUUUUGUACCUAUGCAAGUCUUUUUUAAGCGUUUUAUUUUCCUAUCUUGAAAACUGUACAAGCAGUCAGCACUUUGGCAGCAUCACAGGACAGUGGGAAAGUUUAAAAUCUAGAAAAUGUGGCUCACACUACUCUUCUUCACAGCAGCAUUGAUGAAAGAAAUUUAUUAUCAAUCAUUAAAUUAUUUGUUGGCUGGUUGAAAUAGGUAUUAAGGGGAAAAAACUGUCAAAAUUCAAUUAAUAUAUUCUCGUUUGUUUCCUCUUUUAUGACAGUAAACUGAAUAUUUUUGGGUUGUGGACAAAACAAGGACAUCUGAAGACGUUAUUUUGAGCUUUGGGAAACACUGAUUGACAUUUUACAGAGCAAACAACUAAUUAAUUAAUCAAAAAAGCAAUCGAUAAAUUAAGUAAAAAUAUUGAUUAGUAGCAGUCCUGUUCUUCACAGUGCCUUAGUAGUGGAGAAGAAAAAUGCUUUUGCCACAGGAUUCAAGAUUGUUCAGCUUUUGAAAGAUAUUUGGACUUUUGUUGCUGUAGUUUAGAGAAUUUUAUGAAACUUUAAUGAAUUUGGAAGAAAUAAACAAAUCUUGUUUUCGAUUUAUUUAAAUGAUAAUCAUUGAUGCCACUGUGCAAUGAAACAUACCAUAUACUUUAAGGGUUUAUGGUUCUAGUAUAUUGUUGUUGCUUUGAACCCCUUUUUUGUGGAUGUAAAUCUUUCUCUGAUAUAAAUUGUUCAUUAUUAAAUAGCUUCUUGAUCCCAGUGUGCAGCUUUGGAAGAUAAAUUGCAAGAUAAAUCUGAGGAGCUCACACAAUGAAAACACAUUUUCCUCCUAGAAGUUUCUUUUUGUUGCAAUGAAAUGCUGAAUAGUUUUUCUUCUCCAAGCUUCCAAAAGCUGACCAAAUAUCACAGUUAGAGAUGGAAUCAAACUAGUCCCAACUAAGACACUCGUGCACCAAGUAAAAAAGAAGCUGCAAGUGGUUUCUUUGUUUUAGGAGACCCAAAAUACUUCAGUGACCCCCCAAAAAACUAAAAUAUGACCAACUUUUUAAGCUAUUUGGCAUAAAAUUUGUCUUUAGAAAAGCCACCGCGGUUUAUGUGGAUGCUCUGUAAUCUUGUGAGGAGUCAAAUUGUCAAACCGAGGAGGAUAAUUCAAAUGUGGACAGAUCAUUUUAAGAGCAGAUGAUUAACCUUAUCCAUCAUUCCAAUGAUGUUCAGGGUGUCCCUACAGCCUAGACACAUAGGCAAAAAUACAUAUUUUCAGGAAAUUACAUUUUUAACAACAAUUUAUUCAAUUUUUUUUUUUUUAAUAUAUUGAAUUUAAUAUAUAUGGUAAUUAAUCAAAUAUGUAUUUAAUAUAAUAGCCAUAUUUAAUGUGUGGAGGCAAAAAAAUCUAGUUAAUGAGAUUUCCUAUGUCCAGACUUUAGGGACACCCUGUGUAACCAACAGGACUGUGGGAGGACACCCAGAAAGGGAUUUUUCACAACCUGGCAACCCAUACAUUUUGCUUUCCAGUGGCUUAUUCUAAAUCUCUCUCUUUAUUGUCCAUUAAAAAACCCCAUUAGUUCCAACAAAUAAACCAAUUAACUAACUAAUUGUCCUUUGCAUAGCAGCCUUAUAGGAAAAUGAAGUUUCUUUUCAAAGGGAGUAGCCAAAAGUGGAUGUAUCCAGGCUGCAAAAUACAGACUAUAUGAUAUUUAUUCCAUGCAUUUUUAUUUUUCUAUCUCGUCAUUGACAUGAAUCGUGUGUAAAAUUAGGCUUUUAUUGAUAAAUGAUUCAUGCAUGAAGACGAUUAAUCACUAAAUCACUUUAAUUAAGCUGCAUACAUGCUGUUGUUGCCAUUACCAGUGAAGUGUGGAGGUGCAACAUCAUAAAUUCCACCCACUUCAACUCAAAAGAUAAGAAAAAUAACUAAUUUUCUUUAUGUCAGCUAAGAAGUGCAACCCUUCAUGGUGCUGAAAGUCAGACAACAGCGACUACUUCUUUCAUUUCUGACAACAAAACAUCCAUUUUUAAAGGAGUUUUGCUCAAUACUGGCACCAGAAUGUGUCUUAAAUACAGGUUCAGUGAGCAGAUUUUGCUUCCCUGCAAAUGUUUGAUUUUGCCUGCAGCAGAUAUUAAACUAGCAAAGAGGAAAAAUGCACAUUUCCACCUCAUUGAGACUUCUGCUGCGAGUCGUUUGCUUUGGGAAAAUCAACCACAUCUACCUGUGUUUGGGAGGUCCAUCAUACUGAACACACACUGCAGAGCUAACAGGCUGGUUGGUUAAUACAUUCAACCACACGUUUGGAUUCACAUUUGUGUCCUUGAACGUCUAUUUGAUCUUCUUCAGUGCACAACAGGGCCUUAAAAGCACCACUUAGAGCAUUCCUGUAGACAUUUAGUGAUGCAAAUCUUAAUCAUGUUACCUCAUUUCAACAUGUGGUGCAUAAUUUUGUGCUUUGUAAUGAUUUAAAACCCCAUGCAUUUGCUUUUAGCUCGCUGCUGUACCGUAUAUUCGACAAUCAGCUUGGUGGUUCUCAUGAAUCGUUUCAGUGGAUCUUUAACUCCACGUCUUUCACUUUCUAAAGAAAGAAAACACAGAUGAUGCCUUAAUGAUUUAUAUGAAAACUAGAAAUAUAACGAGAACAAUGAUGUUAAAAAAUGACGUUUUCUACAGCUCAGUUGACGAAAGCAAACUUUUUUGUUAAAAAUAUUGCCAAGUGGAAUUUCAAAUGUCAUGUUAUGUUCACAUGACUGCUGUAGCUUCAAAAAAUAAAAACUCCCAAGUGGCUUUAUAAUUGUACAGUGAUGAUAUUUAAGAUGACAUUUUUACUUUUCCAUGCCUCGGAUUGGCAACUGAUCAGUUUCCAUCUACUGUUUGCUUUAAAUUGCUUAAAAUGACUGAAAACUUGUUGAAUUAAGCGUGUAUUUGUAGCUGAACAUCUGAUUGUUGCCCAGAAUUGAAUGUAUUGACUCUGACCUGGUGGUGAACCAAAGAGUUUCUUUUUAGGAUUUGUAAAUUGUUGCUCACCAGACAGAAUUUGAUGCUGGAAGUCAGUGUGGUGAAGCUGGUUUAUACCACUGACUUGAUUAUUUACUGUAAAAAAUUUCUUUAUGGAAAAUUUAUGUGUGCAGAAGAAACAUUUACUGCAUGUUUCUGUAACUGGACUCUGCCCCAAGUGUUCUGUUUUUUUACAAUCAAGCUCAAAGCCAAGUAUUUGCAAGAAGGAACAAUCUUAUGUUGAAAAUUUGGUGAAAUAAGCCUUUAAAUAUCAAUUAACAGAGCUUCGUCUGCAGUAUUAAUGCAAAAUAAAUGAAUCAAGAGUGACCACUACACAGUACAUUAAUGUACUGAGGGUCUUUAGCCAGUUUUUCUUUGGUACAUUAAAAAAUAAAUUGCAGCAAUAAAUAUAAAUUUCCAUAUUUAUCUUUAUAUUACAUCUUUGCAUCUCUUGCCUUGAAGACUGAAACUGCUACAGAAUUUUGAACUGUUUCUCAGAUGUGACAAAAAAAAAUCGAGUGAUUUGUAGCACUGCUCUUCUGAUUAUCUUUUUGUAUCAUUUUGUACCAUAAAAAAGUUUUUACUGCAAUAAAAUAAGGUCUAAAAGAUCAA